AUGAUAGUGUCAAUAAAUUGUUUAAUUCUAGGACAAGCUUCUGAAAAUAAUUUCAAUGUUGUCGUUGGUGAAAUAUUCACCAAUGAUGAUAAAGUUGAUAUCAAGUUUAUUGAUUUAACCGUUUCAAAUUUCAAAGAGCUUCUCUUUCGCAGGAAAAAAGUAAAAAAUUCAGUUCAAGAUUUUGACUGUAUGAAUCUUUACAAAGUUGAACUUAACUUUAAGAGCCUUAAAAAUAAAAUUUAUACCAAAGAAGAGAUUAAAGUUCUUGGCACGAUGAUGGAAAAUAUGUUUGAAUUUAAGGAAUAUUUUAAUAAUACUGAUAAAAAACCUAAGUCAAGACACCUUCAUGUCUUCAUAGUUCCAGCUGCACAAAAGUUGCCUGAAAAAUUAGAGUUUCAUGAUCCCCAUCCUCUUCUCAUGGGUAGUG